AUGAAGGUGGUAAAUCUUCGGUAUUUUCCGGUUUCCGCAAAGAGGGAGAGGACCUGGUGGUUUGCGUGCUUCAUCCUGGCGGAGAGCAAGACGAUCGCGAGACAGAAAGUUGGCAGCCGGUGCCUUAGGCUGCAAAGCAGGAGUGACGUCGGUCGAAGCAAGCCCUCGGUGGUCACAGUACCAACAAUUCGCAAUUUGUGUCGCAUCUUCUCGCUUGACGACAGCUCCGCGCAGCCGCCCCCUCUCCUCCGGUCGUUUGACGACGAUUGGGAGGCGAUCCGCACGCGGAGAGAGUACGUACCCGAGCCGUUGGAGCCUGAGGGUGCUCCUCUGGCGACAGAGCCGUAUUCCACUUCAUGGCCAGUCAGCAGCAAUUCAACCGUCUUGGACCGUAUGGGCGCGUGCGACGUCGUGCUUGCCCGACGUGUUGGUCCGGGGGAGGUGGUAAAGGAGCUCCACCUUUUCCCCAUCCACGAGAGCUCGUCAACUGCCGAUUCCCAUGCUGUUGAUGGCGGGAUCUCUGCUGGUGUUGUCGCCGAGUAUGCACAGCAGCUUGUCGUGUUCUUGCGUCAAUCCUACCGUUUCAACAACGACAUGUUGGUGGCUUCCAUCACGAGCGCCUUUCUGUUCGUCCUCACUGUGGAGGGGGUGGAAGUGUGGACCUACCCGUCUGAGAAUCUGCCGGUGACCGACGGACAGGAGAGGAAAUGGUCAGAAGAUGGCAGAUUCGGGGAUAUGGGGGUGCCACUUUCGUCACCCGCUCAUCCGCCGCCUCGGCCAUGCCUUCUGCACGUACAAAAGCUCGAGGUUGAUGGUGUGCUGCCGCGAUCACCGGUGCAGAUUAUGGUGCCCCUCGCAGGAGCAACACCAGGGCUUUUACUCUUCCCACCACCGCUGGCCGCCAAGGGAGACACACUCGCCUUCCUUACUCAUCAGUGUCAACGUCGUCUGCGCUCUCCUGGUGCUGCUGACGAACCUAUCGCGAACGGCAUUUCCGCCUUCUGCAAGCCUCCUUCCCCAACCACGCCAUUGUCGGCAUGGCCGGGGGGCAAUAACAAUCUGGGGCAAGACUGCUGGUCGCGCAAGCUCGCCGCAUGGCGAAACGGGUUCUGCGGGCUAGGUGGGAAUAAAGCUACCGAAUACACCCCAUCCCCACUGGCGUUGUUUCUUCGACUCCGAAGUCCAACAGCGGCAGUACGUCUUCUUUCCGUCGCCGAGGAAUGCUCUGAGCGCCCUCAUCCGGCAAAGGUUUCUGAUAUGUUCUUGUCGGCUGCGGAAGGACUACACAAUGCGCUGACGUUUGAAGUCUCUGCUGCAUGGCGUGCUGGAGUGGGUCUCGCGGGAACUGCGAGCACUCUGGCAGGCCAUGGCAGUAGUUCAUCGGUGGCUGAGCAGGUGAGAAUAGAGACCAUUCUCCCUGGGUUGGUAAAUUGCUGGAGACUGCAACGAGUUGCAGCGCGGUGCGCCUCGCUCCUUGGUCAACUUUUGUUGGAAACAGCACUAUCGGCAGCGGAACAGGGAUCAGCUGAAGGAGACUGUGCAACGGGUCUGGCGUACACCCGGGCCUGCUCUUGGCUGUUAGCAUCUGGAGAGCCCGUUGUUGAGAGUUUCGCGUCCUUGCAGGAUGUCGCAGCUCGCGUUUCGGUAGCCGGGGAUGAGACAGAACUAACGGCGGUAGUUCCGAGCUUCGUGUCGCUGGAUGAUGACGAGGAAGGGAAUUCUUACUUGACGACGGCUGAGGUUCCUCCGCUAGACCUUGAAGAACUGCUCCCUCGAGCAAUGUACGAGUUAUAUCUUCUACCUUCUUUCGGUGUAAGAGACACGCCUGGAGUUGGACCUCCGCGUCUCGCCUUGGACUCCAGCGCGAUACCCAUAUCGGAAAGUGGUGAACCGCAGUCCCUAUCUCUUGACGACGUGCUGUCGGGGUUGGUGUCGUAUUUGCAUAGAGAAGAUAUUCAACGACUUUCACUUCGUCCGGGGCUGCCGAGUGUAUGGGAUGGAACACCACGCUACACGCCACUGUCGACAGCAGUGGUCUACGCUAGUCGUGCCCCAUGGACGGAAUGUCCGGUGGCCCUGUCCCAGGCAUUACUGGCGCUCGACGAACAAGAUAAGACGCUAAACGAGAGCACUUCAAGCAACAUCAGAAGCAACAGUGGCAGCAGCGGCGCCUCGCUUUCUAGAAAGACCUCCCGAGGCGGAUUGAAACGCCUAAAGUCAAAGACAAGACCCCGUCACGAACGCUCAGGGAGCACCGGACAUCAGAAACCCGCCUCGUCCCUAGACGACCGUGACCCCACGGAUGACGAGACCACCUUGUCUCCCACCCAGGAGUGGAUUGCCGUCGCACGAGCCAUCCUUAGUGGAUAUUUGGAACAGAUGGGAGGUACCGGUGGGCAACCGGAGGCCCCACGGCAAGGACGCAGCGCCCUCGCCGCGGACUCGCAGAUCCUCCAACUCGCCUGCGAGAGACAUCCCACCUUGGUGGCGCCUUUGAGGGGUGGGGCCGGACCGUUGGCAAGAGAUUUACUAGCGGCAGGCAGGGUAAAGCCGGUUGUGGCGGCGCUGGUUACCCUGACUUCUUGUGGUGACGGUGGCGGGCGAGCAGGAUGCGGCGAGGGUUCCUUUGGACCACAAAAAGCGCCGGAAUUGCUACAGCUGAAGGACGACUGUUUUUCGCCUAAGAUCGACCCCCUGCAAGCGCUCUACGUAUUCGGAGCCCCGGGCCGGCAGAUCGCAGAGCGCUUGGACUCUUUCCGCCGGGCAUCGUUGGACUUGUCAGGACCCUUCUGUUCCACGAUCGGAGCUCGCCCAGGUCUUUUCCACGACGAUGCGUACGAGCAGAACAGCGAGGCAGUCGACAGCCGACCGAACCCCAGCGAAACAAAGUCAUUGUCAGCUGCGGCGCGGGAUUUUCUCAGCCGACGCUGUUCGGCUUCUUUGGCGACAGCGGCCCUUUCUGUUAGACAUCAGGAGAGGAUAUCGCAAGCUCUAGGCGCUCCUGAAGCUUGGCGCGCAUCGUUAGCACGCACACGUGCCUUGGAUCGCGCCGUACUCCGUUACCUGAUAAGCGCUCAUCUCGACGACUUGCGCUCGCUUGAGAACUCAGCUGCGGGGAACCCCAAGACCCCAGACGGCAAGCCAACCGCAGAUACAGGACGGAGCAGCGGCUCGGUGAAAACGGGAAGCGAUACCCGGACCAACAAUCACAGAGAUCGCGAAUAUAGCACUUGGGCCGACGCGAUAGUGCCGCUGCUGUCUGGUCAGGUGUCCAAGGCGCGCGGCGCAGAAGAACACGUUGACGCAAUCCUGCGUCUCGUUCGUGAGAUUACUCGACGAGGUAGAAGCGCCAACAACAGUCUGAGCGAUGGCAACAGGUGUAGCAUGAACCAUGAGGUAGCGGAGGAAGUGGUGACGGAAGCCAAACGCCGCCUUCCCGCCACCGAGCUCUCUCCAGCUUCGACAGGUGCUUCGGUGGACUACGACGGCAACGGUCACAUUAAUGAUGACACCCAACCGUGGGGUUCAGGGGGAGAAGGGACGGGAAAAGGGCGCGCCCCGUGGCCUUGGGGUCCGCGAGCAGUACCCGCAAGUGCCGUAGGAGCUAUCCUAGCUCUCGCGGCGGCCUUACCGCCGGCGGGAAAGCUCCUGGCGGGGCUUGACGUCAUGCUUCAAGUAGGAGAGGAAGUGGUCGCCGCUGCGAAAGCUGAGUCAGCAGCGGCAGCGGGAGCCGCAGCUUCCGGGUCGAGCGGGAAGGGAAGUGCACGGGCGGGGGAUGUCAUCCGCAAAGACUCAGGGCUCGAUGCCGGCGUAGCAGUUGCAAGCGUUGAGGAGGUAUCCUGCGCUGCUGAGCGAGCUCUGCUGCUCUACGCCGGCGAAUAUUGCGGCAAAGACCCCGACAGAUGGGCGAGCGUUACCGAGCACGUGAGAAACUCUAGAGCUUCGCAAGUUCGCGAGGGUGGGAGUGUUGAUGCUCCAGGUCAAGAUCUGGUUCGCGCUUUGCUGCAGAGGUGUGGUGCGGAACUCGGUGGGCAAGCUCUAGUGCGAGCGCUGCCCGAGAACUUGGACCUCAUGGAUUGUUUGGAUGAGAUCGAGAGGAGCCUUCUUGGCGACUAGUUAUCGUAGGCUGGGCUUUGAGGGUUCAUCAUAGCGGUGAAAUUCUCGCGCAGCAGUGAAAGGUUCUAGUGCGAGCGCUGCCCGAGAACUUGGACCUCAUGGAUUGUUUGGAUGAGAUCGAGAGGAGUCUUCUUGGCGACUAGUUAUCGUAGGCUGGGCUUUGAGGGUCCAUCAUAGCGGUGAGAUUCUCGCGCAGCAGUGAAAGGUUUGCGUCUUGUUCAAGCUUUAGGUGCAAUUAGUGAGUAA